AUGGUGGUCACUGGUCCUCCCAUCUAUCUAGUGGAGGUCACUGGUCCUAGCAUCUAUCUAGUGGUGGUCACUGGUCCUAGCAUCUAUCUAGUGGUGGUCACUGGUCCUAGCAUCUAUCUAGUGGUGGUCACUGGUCCUAGCAUCUAUCUAGUGGUGGUCACUGGUCCUAGCAUCUAUCUAGUGGUGGUCACUGGUCCUAGCAUCUAUCUAGUGGUGGUCACUGGUACUCCCUUGGUCUCUACCUAGUGGUGGUCACUGGUCUUAGCAUCUAUCUAGGGGUGGGCACUGGUCCUCCCAUCUAUAUAGUGUUUGUCACUGGUCCUAGCAUAUAUCUAGUGGUUGUCACUGGUCCUAGCAUAUAUCUAGUGGUGGUCACUGGUCCUCCUCUCUAUCUAGUGGUGGUCACUGGUCCUAGCAUCUAUCUAGUGGUGGUCACUAGUCUUAGCAUAUAUCUAGUGGUGGUCACUGGUACUCCUCUCUAUCUAGUGGUGGUCACUGGUCUUAGCAUCUAUCUAGUGGUGGUCACUGGUCCUCCCAUCUAUCUAGUGAUGGUCACAGGUCCUUGUCUCUAUCUAGUGGUGGUCACUGGUCCUAGCAUCUAUCUAGUGGUGGUCACUGGUCCUAGAAAUAUCUAGUGGUGGUCACUGGUCCUAGCAUCUAUCUAGUUGUGGUCACUGGUCCUAUAAACUAUCUAGUGGUUGUCACUGGUUCUCCCAUAUAUCUAGUGGUGGUCACUGGUCGUAGCAUCUAUCAAGUGGUGGUCACUGGGUCCUAGCAUCUAUCCUAGUGGUGGUCACUGGUCCUAGCAUCUAUCUAGUGGUGGUCACUGGUACUCCUCUCUAUCUAGUGGUGGUCACUGGUCUUAGCAUCUAUCUAGUGGUGGUUACUGGUCCUAGCAUCUAUCUAGUGGUUGUCACUGGUCCUAGCAUAUAUCUAGUGGUGGUCACUGGUCCUCCUCUCUCAGCUAGUUGGUAGGUCACUGGUCCUAGCAUCUAUCUAGUGGUGGUCACUAGUCUGACCGCAUCCUAGCUAGUGGUGGUCACUGGUACUCCUUCCUCUAUCUGUGGUGGUCACUGGUCUUAAGCAUCUAUCUAGUGGUGGUCACUGUCCUCCCAUCUAUCUAGUGGUGGUCACUGGUCCUAGAAAUAUCUAGUGGUGGUCACGGUCCUCCCAUCUAUCCUAGUGGUGGUCACUGGUCCUAUAAACUAUCUAUUUGGUUGUCACUGGUUCUCCCAAUAUAGCUAGUGGAUGGUCACUGGUCGUAGCAUCUUCAAGUGGGGGGCCUGGUCCCCCUAUCUAUGGUGGUCACUGGUCCUGCAUCUAUCGACUGGUGGUCACUGGUCCUACAUCUAUCUAGUGGGUGGGGUUCUAUCCUAGGAUCUAGCUAAUGGUGGUCACUGGUCCCUCCAAUCUAUAGUGGUCCUGGUCAGGUCCUAGCAUCUACUAGUGGUGUCCAUGGUCCUAGCAUCUAUCGUGGUGGUCACGGUCCUAGCAUCUAUCUAGUGGUGGUCACUGGUCCUAGCAUCUAUCUAUGGUGGUCACUGGUCCUCCAUCUAUCUAGUGUUGGUCACUGGUCCUAGCAUCUAUCUAGUGGUGUCACUGGUCCUAGCAUCUAUCUAGUGUGGUGUCAUGGUGCCUAGCAUCUACUAGUGGUGGUCACUGGUCCUAGCAUCUAUCUAGUGGUGUGGUCACUGGUCCUCCCAUCUAUAUAGUGUGUCACUGGUCUAGCAUCUAUCUAGUGGUUGUCACUGGUCCUAGUCAUCUAUCUAGUGGUGGUCACUGUCCUACUCUAUCUAGUGGUGGUCACUGGUCCUAGCAUCUAUCUAGUGGUGGUCACUGGUCCUAGCAUCUAUCUAGUGGUGGUCACUGGUCUCCUCUCUAUCUAGUGGUGGUCACUGGUCUUAGCAUCUAUCUAGGGUGGUCACUGGUCCUCCAUCUACUAGUGAUGGUCACUAGUCCUGCUCUAUCUAGUGGUGGUCACUGGUCCUAGCACUAUCUAGUGGUUGGUCACUGGUACCUCUCUAUCUAGUGGUGGUCACUGGUCCUAGCAUCUAUCUAGUGGUGUGGCACUGGUCCUCCAUUAUAUAUGUUGUCUAGGUCCUGCUUGAUCUAGUGGUUUCCUGGCCUCAUAUAUCUAGUGGUGGUCACUGUCCGUCAUCUAUCUAGUGGUGUCACUGGUCCUAGCAUCUAUCUAGUGGUGGUCACUGUCCUAGCAUCUAUCUAGUGGUGGUCACUGUACUCCUCUCUAUCUAGUGGUGUCACUGGUCUUAGCUCUAUCUAGUGGUUGGUCACUGGUCCUCCCAUCUAUCUAGUGAUGGUCCACGGUCCUUGUCUUAUCUAGUGGUGGUCACUGGUCCUAGCAUCUAUCUAGUGGUGGUCACUGGUCCUAGAAAUAUCUAGUGGUGGUCACUGGUCCUAGCAUCUAUCUAGUUGUGGUCACUGGUCCUAUAAACUAUCUAGUGGUUGUCACUGGUUCUCCCAUAUAUCUAGUGGUGGUCACUGGUCGUAGCAUCUAUCAAGUGGUGGUCACUGGUCCUAGCAUCUAUCUAGUGGUGGUCACUGGUCCUAGCAUCUAUCUAGUGGUGGUCACUGGUACUCCUCUCUAUCUAGUGGUGGUCACUGGUCUUAGCAUCUAUCUAGUGGUGGUCACUGGUCCUCCCAUCUAUCUAGUGAUGGUCACUGGUCCUUGUCUUUAUCUAGUGGUGGUCACUGGGCCUAGCAUCUAUCUAGUGGUGGUCACUGGUCCUAGAAUAUAUCUAGUGGUGGUCACUGGUCCUAGCAUCUAUCUAGUGGUGGUCACUGGUCCUAUAAACUAUCAAGUGGUUGUCACUGGUUCUCCCAUAUAUCUAGUGGUGGUCACUGGUCGUAGCAUCUAUCAAGUGGUGGUCACUGGUACUCCCAUCUAUCUAGUGGUGUUCACUGGUCCUAGCAUCUAUCUAGAUGUGGUCACUGGUCCUAACAUCUAUCUAGUGGUGGUCACUGGUCCUAGCAUCUAUCUAGUGGUGGUCACUGGUCCUCCCAUCUAUCUAGUGGUGGUCACUGGGUCCUAGCAUCUAUCUAGCUGUGGUCACUGGUCCUAGCAUCUAUCUAGUGGUGGUCACUGGUCCUAAGCAUCUAUCUAGUGUGGUCACUGGUCUAGCAUCUAUCUAGUGAUGGUCACUGGUCCUGCAUCUAUCUAGUGGUGGUCACUGGUCCUACAUCUAUCUAGUGGUGGUCACUGGUCCUAGCAUCUAUCUAGUGGUGGUCACUGGUCCUAGCAAUCUAUCUAGUGGUGGUCACUGUCCUCGCCAUCUAUCUAUUGGUGGUCACUGGUCCAUCCGAUCCACAUCUAUCUAGUGGUGUGUCACUGGUCCUCCCAUUAUCUAGUGGUGGUCACUGUCCUAGCAUCUAUCUAGUGUGGUCACUGGUCCUAGCAUCUAUCUAGUGGUGGUCACUGGUCCCUCUCUAUCUAGUGGUGAGUACAACUGGUACUCCUCAUCUAUCUAGGUGGUCACUGGUCCUAGCAUCUAUCUAGUGGUGGUCACUGGUCCUACAAUUAUCUAGUGGUGGUCACUGGUCCUAGCAUCUAUCUGUGUGGUCACUGGUCCCUAUACUAUCUAGUGGUUGUCACUGGUCUCUCCCAUCUAUCUAGUGGUGGUCACUGGUCUGAGCAUCUAUCGUGGGGUCACUGGUCCUGCAUCUAUCUAGUGGUGGUCACGGUUCCUCUCUAUCUAGUGGUGUCAUGGUCCUACAUCUAUCUAGUGGUGGUCACUGGUCCUAGCUCUAUCUAGUGGUGGUCACUGGUACUCCCAUCUAUCUAGUGGUGGUCACUGGUCCUAGCAUCUAUCUAGUUGUGGUCACUGGUCCUAGCAUCUAUCUAGUGGUGGUCACUGGUCCUCCCAUCUAUCUAGUGGUGGUCACUGGUCCUCCCAUCUAUCUAGUGGUGGUCACUGGUCCUCCCAUCUAUCUAGUGGUGGUCACUGGUCCUCCCAUCUAUCUAGUGGUGGUCACUGGUCCUCCCAUCUAUCUAGUGGUGGUCACUGGUCCUAGCAUCUAUCUAGUGGUUGUCACUGGUCCUACCACAAUCUAAUCAGUUAGUGGUGGGUCACUGGUCCUCCCAUCUAUCUAGUGGUGGUCACUGGUCCUACGCAUCUAUCUAGUGGUGGUCCACUGGUCCUCCAUCUAUCUAGUGGUGGUCACUGGUCCUCCCAUCUAUUCUAGUGGUGGUCAACUGGUCUCUCAUCUAUCUAUGGUGGUCACCCUGGCCUAGCAUUCUAUCUAUGUCUAGUCCUCUAUUACUGCCACAUCUUCUAUCUGGUCACUCGUCCUACCCCAUCUAUCUAUGCACUGUCCUCAUCGGGUGCAUGGCCCCAUCUAUCUAUUUCACUGGUCUCUACUCCAUCUUCUCUGGUGUCACUGACCUCCUCAAGCAUGCCUGUGGGGCUCUCUGUCCUCCAUCUACUCUAGUGUAGCUGAUCUCGACUAUCUAUAUCUCUCGUAUAUAGAGCGAUCUAUAUCGCCUCUCCCUCUCUCGUCUCUCCUCUCUACUGCUUACUCUCUCUCUAGCGCUCUCUCUCUCUCCUCUCUCUCUCUCUCUCUCUCUCUCUCUCUCUCUCAUUCCUGAAUUUGGACGUAACGUAAUCUCAGACAUUUCAUGUUUAUAGCAUUGUUCUCCUCUAACUAACUGCGGUUGUGUUUAAAAUAGGAACAUGGGUUAUUUAGGCCCCACAGAGAGAGAGAGAGAGAGAGAGAGAGAGAGAGAGUGAGAGAGAGAGAGAGAGAGAGAGAGAGGGAGAGAGAGAGAGAGAUGUGACUCUAGCCUCCCACAACUGCUACAAGGUUCUGGUGAUUAUGAUGUUAUGCUACCUCGCAGAAUUUCCCAGCCCAACAAAACUAGUGAAAACAUUAGAUAAUAUACGUUUCAAUCAAAUCUUUAGUCAAAUACCACAAUUCCUGUGGUAUUUUCAACAUCUAGUAAGGCUGCAGAGGUAUUUUUUUUGUACCUCUAUGGAAUUGAUAAAAUACACAUUAAAAACAAUUCCUGACUUGCUUCCUUCCUAUAGCCCCACCAAGGCCACACUAUUUAGUCUUCCAACACGACAUACCUCAUAAUUCCUAAUCAGAAUCUCCAUUUUUGAAAACAGAUCAGAAGUCUCUCCUGUACAUAGGUCCUCUGGCCUCCACUGUGACAGCAAGGGUUUAUGGGAUGGCGCCCGCUAUCAAUAUCAAAAUAGUAUAACUAAUAGACAGGAGAGCUAAGAAAUAAGAGAGGAAGCUAUGUACAGGGUCAGGGUCAGGGUCAGGGUCAGGGUCAGGGUCAGGGUCAGGGCCACAGAGAGGAAGCUAUGUAAAGGGUCAGGGUCAGGGUCAGGGUCAGUACCACAUUUACAAUGUGCAGGUGUAAGUGUUGGUGUGAGGUGUGACCCAGGUGCGGUGCAGGAUAGACAGUAGGCAGUAGGCAAAGAUGGUGAAACAAGGAUCUUUACUGGUGGUCCCAAAGCCAGGAUACAGGAUGUCCUUCAAAAAUAUUAGGAUGUCAUCCAAAUACACGAAGACACUGCAGUCGAGGAGGUCCCGGAGCACGUCAUUGACCAACGCCUGGAACACCGCAGGCGCGUUGGCUAGACCAAAUGGCAUGACUUGGUACUCGUAAUGCCCACUGGGUGUGUUAAACGCCGUCUUCCACUCGUCCCCCUCCCGAAUCCUCACCAGGUUGUAGGCAUUAUGUAAGUCCAGCUUGGUGAAGACCCGGGCUCCCUGCAACGACUCGAAUGCCAUCGUCAUCAGGGGGAGUGGGUAGCGGUUCUUAACCGUGAUGUUGUUGAGCGUCCGGUAAUCAACGCACGGCUGCUGCCCACCGUCAUUUUUCCCCACGAAGAAGAAGCCUGCGCCCGCGGGUGAGGUAGAGGGACGGAUGUGACCCUCGACGAGUGCCUCGUCGAUAUACUCCCUCCAUGGCCAGCGUCUCCGGCCGGGACAAGGAAAACAAUCGCCCUCGUGUGGGCAUGGCGCCCGGCAGGGGAUCGAUAGCGCAGUCGUAUGGCCUGUGAGGAGGUAGGCCCUUGGCACGCCUCUUACUAAACACCUCCCCCAGAUCCCAAUACUCCCGGGGAACGCCUGCCAGGUCUGGCCCGUGACGGAGUCUGUAGCCGCCGUCCUCCCGGUGGCAACCGCCACCGAAGAGGUGAGAACUGGUAGGUGGUCUGGGACAGUGGUUUGGGCUGAUGAGUGGUCGGUGGAGACUGGAACAGGAUGGGGGCGGAGCCGCCCUCCAGGAUGAGCCGCCCCGUGGACCAGUCUAUGCAGGGUUUGUGGGCGACCAGCCAGGGGUGCCCGAGGAUGAGGGGACACUCUGGAUAAUCCACAAUGAAAAACUGGAUAUCCUCCCAAAGCCCCCCCUGCCACCCGGACACGCACGGGGACAGUGCACCGGGUGAUAAAGCCCGACCCCAACUGCCGGCCGUCCAGGCCCAUGACCGGAACCGGCUCGGAGAGGAAGAGUAAUGGAACGCUCCACCCUUGGGCCAGCCCUGCGUGCAUCAGGUUUCCAGCCCCAGAAUCCACCAGUGCAUGCGCCCGACACGCAGCAUGUGCCCACUGAACCCUGAUGGGGAGAAAAGUCCAGCUGUCUCUGGAGUUGGGGUUUCGGUUCCGGCUCGCUAGCAUCCCUACCGAUACUAGCGAGCCCUCCCGUUUCCUGGCUUCUCCGGGAAUGACUCGCAAUGGUGACCUGCCUGGCCGCAGUACAGGCAACGUCCCUGGCGCAGAUGCCUCUCCAUCCUGGACAAGUGCGCCGCACCCAUCUGCAUAGCCUCCUCCCUGAAUUGGUCGGAAAGCCUCCAGGCUGAUAGGGGGACGCGGAGGCACGCCUUGCAUCAUGCUUCUCUCUCACGACGCCGAUUGUCUACCCGCACCGAGAGGUCGACGAGGCCGUCCAGUCGCUCAGGCAGCUCCCUGAAGGAGAGUUCGUCCUUCAUCCCCUCCGAUAGCUCCUGCGCGUAAAGGCGACCUCCUCCCAUCCUGCCUCUCGAGCCCGGGUCCGGAACUCCACGGAGUAGUCCGCCACCGAACGGUCACCCUGCCAACAGGCCGUGAGCCGCCUCCCAGCCUCGUGCCCUGACACCACCCGAGAGGUCUCGAACACCUUGCUUAGCUCCCGGUUGAAUUGAUAGGAGUCGGAGCACGCCGGAGUUUGGCUCUCCCACUCCGCGGUAGCCCAGGAAAGGGCCCGACCUGUCAACAGAGUGAUAAUGUAGGCCACCCGGCCCUGCUCCGUUGGGAAGGAGGAGGGUUGUAGGCUGAAUACCAGGGAAAACUGGGUGAGGAAUUCCCUGCAGCCCUCUGGACGUCCGUCGUACCUCUCCGGAGGUGGUGGGCGGGGUUCCCGCGAUGUCGCAGGCGAGAAUGGAGAAGCCGCUUCCGCGGCUUCCGCUCCACCAGCUGCCGGGGCUGGUCGGGUGUCCACUCGGCUCUGUACGGCGAUCGUCAGCUGGAAAAGAUUCUCUGUGAUCUGCUGCAGGCUGCGGUCAUGCUGGUUCAGCAUGGCUCCCUGCGUUGCGCUUUGAUACUGUGUUGCCUCCACUUCGGUCUAUAUUGGCUCAGUUUUCUGUAAGGGUUGGUGUGAGGCGUGACCCAGGUGCAGUGCAGGAUAGACAGUAGGCAGUAGGCAGAGAUGGUGAAACAGGAUCUUUACUGGUGGUCCCAAAGCCAGGAUACAAAAUAACAGACACAAAAAAUAAAGGAGGAGCAUAUUGGUCUCCAAAAACAGGCUGACAGCAGAAAUACGAAAUACUAACUAUGACUGAAAACAACAAUGAAACAGGGAGAACACUUCUCAAGUACCUGUAUUUCCGUCUCGUGAUCAGACUCUGAUUCGUACUGCUUGACAUCAAGAAACUAGCAGAGAAAACUGAGCAAGGGAACACAGGGAAGUGAGGGCAUAAAUACACAGGUGAACAGGUAGACACAGGUGACACCAAUAGGAUGAUGAUUAGACCAGGCUGUGAGUGAGGAGGUGCCUAAGGUUGUCGGAGGAUGACACCUAGUGGGUCGCUCCGGAACUGCGACCCCUCCUGUAACAUGCAGGGAGAUUGGAUAAUUGAGGUGGAAACAGUAUGUACAGUUGAAGUCGGAAGUUUACAUACACUUAGGUUGGAGUCAUUUAAACUCAUUUUUCAACCAUUCCACAAAUGUCUUGUUAACAUAAUAUACUGAUUUAAUCUAUGAUUUCUUAAUCCAUGAACCUGUCCCUGCUAACGGUAAUAUAUACAUGUAAACAGGAGUAAUAGUGACCAGUGGCAGGAUAAAGAACAAACACCAUUGUAACUACAACCUAUAUUUAUGUUUAUAAUGAGACGUCUAGUGAAAGCACAAAAAGAUGCCUCCUAAUGGGACCAAAACGGACUAUUCUGCACAUUUUUCUAUUUAUGGUUCCAAUAAUUCUCCAUUCUAUUCCUUCCAUUUCCAUGUGGUCUGUUGCAGACAGGAAGUGUUCAGGAGACUGACUCACCACUAGAACCUGACCCAGUGAUGCAGGCAGGCAGGCAGGCAGGCAGGCAGGCAGGCAGGCAGGCAGGCAGGCAGGCAGGCAGGCAGGCAGGCAGGCAGGCAGGCAGGCAGGCAGGCAGGCAGGCAGGCAGGCAGGCAGGCAGACAGACAGACAGACAGACAGACAGACAGACAGACAGACAGACAGACAGACAGACAGACAGACAGACAGACAGACAGACAGACAGACAGACAGACAGACAGACAGACAGACAGACAGACAGACAGACAGACAGACAGACAGACAGACAAGCAGACAGACAAGCAGACAGGCAGAAAAACAGGCAGACUUUU